ACUGGCGUCACUGCCAGUGUCAAGAUCAAGAUCGUUUACGUUUCUUUAGAUAAAUUAGGUUAGCAAAGUAGGAGGUAUUUAAUAAUAAUUAGAUUAGCAAACAUACACUAAUUAAAAUUAUGAAGAAUUGUAUGUGACAAAAGAGAUGUCUUUUUAAAAAAGUGCUAUAAUGAAGAUAAAUAUCGAUAGUAGUAUAGACACCAAGAGAGAAAGAUGUAAGGAAACACAUAAAACUGUAUGUUUUUUAUCACUUUGUCGCUUGUUGGCACUUUUUUGUACGAUAGUUGUAAUAAUUUUGGUUCUUCUGCUAUGUAAAGCAUAUAUAAGAUUUGUUUUAUUAUGGCUUGAAAAGCAAAAUGGUCUUCUUGUUUCUGCAACAAUAUGCUUCCUAUUUAUCAUAGUAGCUCUACCGAUAAGUAUUGGAUACAUCGUCUUAGUUCUAGCAUCGGGUUACUUAUUUGGAGUGGUUAAAGGGCUUCUACUGGUUGUCUUCGGAGCAAACUUUGGAUUACUGAUAUCCCAUAACAUAUUGAGAGUAGUUGGACAUCAUCAUAGUAUUUACAAGUACACUCAAAAUGAUAUGGCCACAGCUAUAUUGAGAGUAAUUUCGGGACCAUUGUGCUUCAAGAUAGUAUUGUGUUCAAGACUGACUCCCAUUCCAUUUGGGUUACAAAAUACUAUAUUUGCAUUAAGUAAUGUAAGUGCCAGAGUUUACCAUAUAGCAUCUCUACUUGGACUAUUCCCUGCUCAAUUUGUCGCAGUGUAUGUAGGAUCAACCUUAAGAUCCAUGCAAGAUGUGUUAGAAAAUAGACGUAUAUCUUCUAGUACCUAUGCGUUUGCAACCAUUCAGCUGAUAUUGGGAGCGUCUUUGAUGGUGUAUAUUGGAACUAAAGCCAGAAAAGAACUACUCAAAGCCAUUGCUGAAGCCGAAAGUAACUCUUCCACUACGUUGGGGUAUUCAUUGGUGUGAUAUUUAUUUUGUUUUUGUUAUGAGUUUUUAAACGAGACCAAAUAUUUUUGUGUUGACAUAUAUAACUAGAUCUGUUUUAUUUACAAUAAACGUAUUUUUAUACUUCGGUAA